UUUCCAUUUUUCUUUCUCCGGACCGCACGAAAUCACUUCUUGCCCAGAAAAGCGCCCAAUAAGUUCGCGGCACGCAUGGCGCCGGCGGCCGGGGUAAACGUCCCCCUACUGCCGGAAGGGAAGGGAGCUGCCAAACCAGCAUCGGUCACCGGCGCUGUGUUCAACGUCGCUACCACCAUAGUAGGCGCUGGAAUCAUGUCCAUUCCGGCGACUGUAAAGGUUGUGGGUGUUAUUCCGGCUUUCUUAAUGAUUUUGAUAAUUGCUAUGCUUGCUGAGGUGUCUGUGGAUUUUCUAUUGCGCUUUACUCAUUCCGGUGAGACGACAACAUACUCAGGCGUGAUGAAGGAGGCAUUCGGGCCAGCGGGCGCAGCAGCCACGCAAAUUCUUGUCAUAAUUACCAAUUAUGGAGCCUUAAUUAUGUACCUGAUUAUUAUUGGGGAUGUGCUCUGUGGAAAAGGUGAGGCGCACCUGGGCAUUUUGCAACAGUGGUUUGGAAUUCACUGGUGGAACUGUCGGGAACUUGCUCUGCUUGUCACCUUAGUCUGUGUUAUGCUUCCACUGGUCUUGUUCAGACGAGUAGAGCCUUUAAAGUUCAGUUCUGCAAUAUCUACUCUUCUAGCGGUGGCGUUCGUUGGUAUAUGUUCUGGGAUGGCAGUAGCUGCUCUCUUCGCAGGCAAAACACAUAUUCCAAGACUCAUUCCACACUUGGACCAGCAGAUCACUUUCUUUGAUCUGUUUACAGCUGUUCCCGUCAUAGUCACAGCUUUUACAUUUCAUUUUAAUGUACAUCCGAUUGCUUUUGAGCUUGCAAAGCCAUCUGACAUGAUGACAGCAGUUCGAAUAGCGAUAGUGCUUUGCGCAGUCAUCUACUUCUCAGUUGGCCUAUUUGGGUACCUCUUAUUUGGGGAUUCAAUCAAGUCAGACAUUCUUAUCAAUUUCGAUCAGAAUGCCGAGUCCACAGUCGGUUCGAUGCUCAAUAAUGUGGUCCGGCUAAGCUAUGCGUUUCACAUUAUGCUAGUGUUCCCUCUCCUGAAUUUCUCAUUGAGAACCAACAUAGAUGAGCUCCUCUUCCCCAAGAUGUCUCAGCUAGCUACUGACAACAAGAGAUUUAUGGCCAUCACUCUGGUGUUGCUGGUCUCCAGCUAUCUUGCUGCUAUAGCAAUCCCAGAUAUUUGGUUCUUCUUUCAGUUCAUGGGAUCUACAUCUGCGUUAUGCCUCGCCUUUAUUUUCCCCGGUGCUAUUGCCCUGAGGGAUGUCCAAGGUAUAUCGACAAGAGGGGACAAAAUCAUCGCACUGAUAAUGAUUAUCCUGGCCGCAGUGACUAGUGCGGUUGCCAUUUCCACCAACGUAUAUAAUUCCCUUCACUAGCAAGUGAUAAGCUGUAUAUUCGAUGUUUUCUCUCUUUCCUAUUUACUGAAGCUUAUUCACCAAAAUGGAAGGGCGAAAACACGUGUUUGGUAGUUGGGGGUGGUUGUUUGGUUGUUUAUGGUUUGUUGAAGAAUUGAACGUACGUUCUAGAAUAAUUAAAAUUUGAGUAUUACAACCAUGUAGAGUAUCACACGUCGAAUGUAGAUCGAUGUGGACCAAGCCGACUAGGACUUCAAGUUGACUAAUGCCGGGGUGAAAGCGUGUAAAUGAUGGAUCCCGUAAUCUUUGAAUAGUGUAAUUUUGCUGU